GUGCAAUUUCGCAUUCAUCAGACCAAAGGCAUAGCAUCAUCUCCCAAACAACAACGCGGCUGCGACUCGGACUGCGACGGCGACACCAGCAACGCGACAUCGCCUGGAUGGACGCAACUCUAAACUCUAUCAUGAUCUUUUCUUCUCCCACGCACUCGCUCUUUAUGCAACUUUCAGCCUGUUCCCUGUAAAGGGAACCAACCAGCCCAGCCCAGCCCAGCCCAGCCACCCGCACAGAGACCCACGCGCACGCCUCCAUCUCCCGACAGCCCAGCCUCUGCUGCCUCUCUUUUGUCGCGCCCACCAUGGGUAACUGCGCAUCUUGCCUUGGCCAGCGCCGCAGGGACUCGGUAGCGGAGGACGAGGAAUCGCGCCUCCUCUUCGAUGAUCCAAAUGGGAUCCACUACGGAAGCUUUGGUGAACAGCAGAUGACCAGUCAGAGCGAUCCUAUGGAGGCCCAGCGAGAGAUUGAGGCUCUCCAGCGGGUCGUCGCCAGGACCUCCGACAACAUGGUGGAUAUUUUUGAGAUCGCACCCCCCAAGGACGCACAAUACAGGGCACCGCCCACCCCAUACGGCCUUGUGGGUCAGGAGGCACGUCACAUGCGGUACCAGUCUCUGCUGUCCAAGCUCAGCGCCGACGAGGAGGACUCGGCUGCCGGGGCCAGGGUCGAGUGGUCCGCCGGGGAGGACGAGGAGGAGGACGAGGACGCAGACGCCACAGCAAUGCACAAGGGAGUUCCACAGAUCAAGACGGAGCCCAGCGACGCCCUGGUCGGCAACUUUCGAGAAGCUGCAGCGGCGAUGGCAUGAUGCAUUGAGCAGGGACAGGGGCUUCACGCAGACCGGGAUUUGGACGACACAUCACAUCACAAUCUUCUAGCCUUUCCUUAUUUCAACUUCAUGGCUCGUGACGAGCAUACGCCCGAUGUCAUGUGGCUGCCGCAUGCAGCUGGGCAACAGGUCGGCCACCGAUGCGUCGCCUCGUGCUGCCCAUGUUAUCACACCUCCUGUGAUGGCACACACGACCCGAGGCAACGGGCGACCCACCACGUCGAACAGGGUGCCGUGCCACAGUACCAACUCGGGGAGCCGCACUUCGUAGUGGGCGACGGCACACGCAUCUGUAUUCUUACUCAGUCCAUACCAACAAGCUCUAAUUUUUUUUUUUGCUCCCCUCCUGUCCGCCCCCCACACCGAUCUUUUCCUUCCUCGACGGCUGCGAAGCAUACUGAGCUUGGAUCUCCUCUUUUCAGGGCCGGCCACCAAUCACCGACACCCCCAUGGAGAAAUUUCCAAGGGCCGCGCCUGGGCCAGACCCAUUGAGCAGCAGCCACGUACGAACUCUCCCUGAUGUUGCUUCGAGGUGGGGACUAGCAUCGGCCGUCGCACGAUUAGCUUCAAGUCGGCUGCAUUUCGUCAGAAUUUUCUUGCUGUGCUUCCUCCGGCUUCGGUGCAUGUUUCGCCCGGCACAAGUCUGGAGGAGGCCGUUGCGACGCUGGAGAUCCAGGGCCUGUUUUGGGUUCCGGCGGAGAUCAGGCUAAUGCGGGAGCAAAAACCUGUAUCCCAGCCGAUUGGGGCCGUCCCCGAACACCAAGCCGCAGUCCUGUCUCCGGAGGCUCUACCAGACAAGAACAAGCGCACCGUGGGGUUCAGGAACUCUCAUGACGGCGCCGCCGCCGCCGCCGUCCCUGGCUGAGAGGCACCCACGAACCAUUGAUCUAGGGACUCAUGCUUGCUUACCAGGUCGGCAUGUGGACGGUGACCCGUGGCUAGCCCAGACGACUAUCCCCAAAUAUAACCCUCCGCGCGUCCAGCCUAGGCUCAACGCCCGCUACUAGCUCUGCAGGACGCGGCGUGGUCGCAUAAGUCGCGCAGGGCCUCUCCAACGUGGAGCAGGGCGAUGGGCCAGCAUGCUCGGAGCUUCAAUGUCGCCAUAACUAAUUACUCCUAACGGCUCCUUACGAUCAAUUCCCUGGGACACCACCCGGGGGUCCCGGGCGGCAUUCGCCGGCGCCGUCCUGACCCGUGUUUGGCCUGACUACCAAUCAUGCCGCCCUUCCAUCUUGGGCCCUCGUCGCUAUUGUCAGUCCUGGGCAUGGGCGGCCGUACGGGCGGGAGCCGGCACGGCCUCGGCCUACCUUGUUGGUUAUACCGAAGAUGUACUCCUCCAUCGAGCCAUUCUGUCACCCCUCACGCCGCUCCCUCACCCUAUUCGUCGGUCCGAGACUCAAGUUCCAACCGCUUACGUGCUCAUAGGGACGCCUCCUGUCCCGGCGAGCCUGUCAGAACCUUGUGCGGGCCACUAUGAUGCAAGUCAACGUGGGGAAUGGGACCCCGGCGACUCGGCUCACAUGCAUCAUCAUUCCCACGCAUGACCCGGCACGUCUGAGGCCGCAUGUGCUGCUUGCUUAAGAGGGAUCUGUGGCAUGCGCCCCGGCGGGCAGAGUCCUGCAGCUACAGUCUCUUCUCAGGCCCCACCUGGAUCGCCCACUGGUCACUGAGUCGAUUUGCUGGCUCUCCGGUUGCAACACGGCUCAGGUAAGCCUCUGGGAGAUCGAAUUUCGUUCGCCAUCGGUGAUGAGCAUCUUUACAGUUCCCAACCCUGACCCAGUCCAGUCCAGUCCAUUGUUCCGAUUCCAGCACAUGCUUAAAGGCGCGUUCAGUAACUCGCAAGUCAUUCCCAACCCAUUUGAUAAUCUACACUGAUCUGGAGGACCCUUUACAUUUCCCAUUCCCAUUCCCAAUCCCCUUCCAUGCCCUGGUUUUCCUGUAUUGGUCUCUUUAACCGGAAACUUUCCAAGCCGAUCUUCAUUUGCGCAAAGCUUGUUGUCCCUGUGUGGACGACGCAUCGCUGUCGUCUCUCCCCUCCAAAACCCCCCACCCCUAGUGGACAACCUUAUGUAACGGUUCUUAACCUAGUCUCAUGUUCAACCCAUAAUUUCUCUAUCGCUAAUCGGACUUCCUCCAUGUCAUCCUCUGUCUUUUCGAUGGUCGCCCUUCGGUUGCCCUCUCUCCUCCAGCGCUCAACGUCUUGAGCCAUCUUGUUGUAGCGGCGCUGUUUCUUUUCUGACUGAUCGCACAGCUUGCAGGUUCCGGCCAAGUAAUUUGUCUCGUAGACCAACUUCAGACCACAUGUCUCGCCGGUUCGGUACUCCUUGUUGCACUGCUGUCUGAAGUUGCCCCAUUUCCAGAAGCCGCAUUGCCAACGCGUUUGCUCGAAAUAACACAUGUUCCGGCAGGGGUGGGAGAACAGCGGCUUCUUUAUUUAUUGGCGAGGCGCGUUAGCCAGCACUGAUGAGACUCGUUAGCCCACUUGUGCCCCUAGGCUAAUUACCGGCAGAGCUGCACUCCUCUCUGCCUUUGACAGUACACGGGACCUACCGACACAGGGCUGACCCACCAAGUGCGUGACGGAGUCAAAUAUCUUCGGGGGUGACGUGAUAACGGGGCCCUGGCCGCAAGCGUGCUGACUUUGGGAUGUUUCAAGACUUCCUAUGGAACAAUUGGUUCCAAUUGGUUUGACAUGGGGCUUGACAACUUUGAAGCAGGCACAAUCCAUGAUGCGGCCGAGCAGAGAAACACGUCGAGCAGGCACCAUACUUAUACCGCCAUGACCGACCCUGUUUGGCUGGUCUGGGAAGGUGGACCGGAACCAUUGCCAACGCACCACUGUCUGCAGCAUAUCUGUUGACGAGGCUUGCUCCUGAGGAGACACAGCAACUUGUCUGCAAGCCCCAAUAUGCAGCCGGUCAAAAACCCACAGUCAAUGGACAGAAUUGCCCAACCAGUACUAGGCAAUGUCCAGUCCCUCCUGAAUCACCGUGUCAGCACCCCACCCUGUUGAGCAAUGCGGCCUGGGUAGGGGCAUGGCCCACCGAAGUGCAUUUUCACGACCCUUGCCAGCAUUUGCAUCCUUCUGGUCUCACGGUUCCAUCCCGCCGCCACAUGAACUGCCAAGGGGAUGACGAUCUGCUCGUUGUAUCUCCUAUGCAGCCGCCACCAAACCGAGCAGUUCGUACCACAUGGCACGACUGGGCAGGUCGGAUGCUUUCAGGCUAGGCCCGCCCCGCCCACCCGGGGUAAGGGCCUGGCAGUGAAGUAUGCAUGUUGAUACGGUCAGUGACACAUACGCAAAAGUCUUAGCCCUAUGGAGAAUCUGGCACACGAGAACAUGGACCACCCUUGAACUUUUUCGCGGACGUCUCACACACUCCUCGUAAGGCUGAGCUGACGAUGGUCUUGCCCGGCUCGAAUGGAAGGGCUGGCUUUGUUUCUCCGGCCAGCAGGCGGACGAUCGCUCACAUGACAGUCGGGAGCUUGGUCUACGGACGUCAAGGAGAUCUAUCAUCUGCGCCCCGGAUCAAGAGUCAUGGCACCUGGCUGAGCGAAUCAGCAUGGGUGAAUCAACAAGUCACUGAAGCGAAAUUGGGAGCUCCCCGAGCAGGCCAUCCCGCCCGCUACUCCAUCCUGUGGUCACGGUACGGUAUUGGCUUAGCAGUGGCAGGCCGGUGGCAGAAGCGGGAGCCUUUCCAUCCGAAGGGCGACUCGGUAUUU